UUCCAGCGUUGCCAGAUCUAUAUUUCAGUGGCGCCCUAAAUAAAGGUCUGAUUUUUUCCGCGUCCUUUUUAUUUUGUUAAAACAUUUGGCGCUCAGAUAGGCAACAAUUUCUAUUCAUUCAAAAAUAUUUGAGGCUUUAAAUCAAAAUGUCAGAUGAUGAUGAUUGCGAUGUCUUCAGCGUAUUGAGCAGGCGGGUUCCUGUGCAAGAAGUUCCCAAAGAGCAAUUAAGUCUACCCAACGACUCGUUGUCUCAGGAAGCAGAUUAUGAUAUUAUUAAUGCUGCCGAUACUCAGACCACGUCCAAAAAGCGAGGCAAAGCUGCGAAGCCUGUUACAAAAUCAAAGAAGACCACUAAAAGUGUAAAUGCCAAGCUGCCCAAAGAUGCUAAAGAAGUUGCAGCACCACGCCCCCUCUCACCCGUCUCCCAGUUGAUCGUGGAAAUGGAGGAAAACCAUACAAAGGAACAAGCGAAUGAACAUGAAAGUGCUCCGGUAGCCAGACGUACACGUUCGUCCUUGGGUAAAGCUGAUACUAAAUCCAAGACCACAGAAACCACACGAGUGCCUAAUGUGUCGCCGCCAAAGCAGCGGAGAAGAGGCCGCAAACCUCUAAACGCAAAUGCCAAUGAAAAGGUAGACUUACAAAUUCCGCAACAAUCUUCACAUCGUCGGCAAGUAGCCGAGUUAGCAGCGCGUUCUAAGGUUGUUGAUAGCAUUGACUUGGUUUCUGCCGUAAUGCCUCGGAUCGAAGGAUUUAUUAACUUGGAUUCCGAUGAGGAUACUCCUAAAACUGCGGUAGAGUCUAAUGUUGCACAAAUUGAUCCCGAUAUGGAUAAUUAUUCGAUCAAUAUCAGUUUAAGUUGGCUGGGCGAAAUACAAGUUUAUCAAAUGCGAAAAUUUCAAAAGUUUACACACAUGUUCCAAGAAGUGGCCAAGCGGAAUGAUGUGGGUGUGGAUGAUGUGGUUAUAAAUAUGGAAGAUCAUUUCUUGAAACCUCAUGAAUCGCCAUAUAGUAUUGGAUUAAAAGACUUUCACAUUUUAAGUGGGCGCGCAAUUAAAUCAAAUAUAAAUAAUAAUAAUAAUAUAAAUAAACUUAUAGCUGAUGCUAAUAGCAUAAUGGCUCUGACAAGAAAGCCAAAGAAAUUCCAGUUAAAAGUCCAGGAGGAUAGAAUGAAACAUCCUCUAAUUAUACCAAUGAAAAAAACGGAUACUUUUAACAUUCUAUAUAUUCAGUGUUCUGAGGAACUAAAUUGUAAUGUUAGGGAUAUACAAUUAUUCUUUGAUGGUGAUUUGUUAGAUCCCAAGGAUACACCAGUCAAUCAGGAUAUGGAAGGCAAUGAAAUGAUCGAUAUGCGUAGAAAAACUUAAUCCUGUUCAAAAAUUAUUUGUUUCAUUUUUUCUCUGUUUACUGCCACUGGUAUUAAUUAUUUGUAUAUUAUUAGUAAGAACCAAAACAACAAUAUAAAAGAAUUCUCAAAACUUA